UCGUUCUACUAGAUUCCCGAUUGGCCGUGGUGGUUUAUUUGCGGAAGUUGAAACGAUGGGAAAGGAUCUAUAAACGUAGCCUACAAACCGUUUUGGAAAACAUAAAGAAGGGUAAGGAGUGUUUCACCUUCGUUAGUCUGUCAAUAUGCAGACGGAUGAAGAUGAUUCUCAGCCUCCAAGCGACUUGGUGAAGACAACCGGGACAUUUUGUGUGCUCGUUGGAGUGACCGGGAGUGUAGCUGCCCUCAAACUUCCUGUUUUGGUCUCUGAACUUCUUCAUUUCCCCGGGUAUUUUCUUGUUCAGGUGGAUGUAAGAGUGGUCACAACUCAGCAUGCCCAGCACUUUUAUAACCCUGAAGACGUGUCAGUAAAGGUCUACAGUGACAAAGAUGAAUGGGAGUUGUGGAGUCAGCGGUCUGACCCGGUACUUCACAUUGAGCUCAGACGCUGGGCAGACCUUCUCGUCAUCGCCCCCUUAGAUGCAAACACGCUCGGAAAGAUCGCGAGCGGCAUUUGUGACAACCUACUGACAUGUGUGGUGAGAGCCUGGGAUACCAGUCGCCCUCUCCUCUUCUGCCCUGCGAUGAACACCGCUAUGUGGCAGCAUCCCAUUACAGCCCAGCAAAUACACAAGCUGAAAGAGUUUGGCUAUGUGGAAAUCCCAUGCAUUGCAAAGAAGCUGGUGUGUGGAGACAAAGGCAAAGGCGCCAUGGCAGAGGUGUCGACUAUCAUCUCUGUUAUCAAGCAAUACCUUCAGCAAACCAGUGAGCCAUCUCCCCAAACAUGAACGGCAGGCAACACUUUGACCUUUGAACUUGGAUCACUUCACCAAGUGUGGCCUCUUUGGCACCCCGGACUCGAACCGGCAACCUCAGAACUGUGACCCAGAUGUCCAAACCACUCAGCCGCCACGCCACUGAGAUUUAAUACGUGAUUAACUUCUUGAAUUGAAUUGAGUGGCUGCCUUUCCAGCAGCUCCUAUAGUUUGUUGUUCUACUUCUUCCUUUCAUAACUUUGCUGCUGUCAAUCGUGAAUUUCUCCAUUGCGAGACUAAUAAAGGUUUUCUUAUCUUAUCUUGAAACUCUUUGAACGUGCUCAAGACAGAUGGAAUCAACGUAUGCAAAUGCAUUCCAAGAAAAUAUUAGGACAUGCAAUUGUGUUUGUUAUGUUGUCUAUGUCAAUAUUUGUGCACCAUCAGGUGCAUGUGUGUGUGUUGUGUUGUGUGUCGUCUGAUGCAACUUCUUCACGCGAUGAGGUGAUCUAUUCAUGGGGGGGAUGAUGCAGGAUGGUUUCAUCAGACACGAUAUCCUGAGAGAGUGCUUGCUCUUCUGCAGUGUGUCACACAUGAGUCUCUCGAUACACGUUCUAAAUCUGUUGUGUACGAUAUUUAUUUCAUAUACCCACUGUAGUUCAAUUUUAAAACUCUUUAAAAAGGGCCAGAGAGCCAAAUAAGGGGCCGUGAUUUGCUGGAGUCCUAAAACUGAAUAGAUUUAGACUUUCAGACUGAUGAAUUCAUUUUUGGUCUGUUCUUGAAUUUCUUUCGAGUCAUGUCAUUUUGUUGUCGCAUUUUGAGAUCUUUUGGCUGACUUCCAUUUUGUCAGACAGGUUCCAUUUGAUUCUGGAUGUAAUCAAGCUUGGGCGCGGUUAGUAAAUAUUUUUCCAAAAAUGUGAUUAGCCAGUUACUUCAGGAUUGAACAGAAGGGGGUGGCAGGGGGUUUUUUUUGUUUUAUUUUUUUGCUCAGGGCCACAUAGCUUUUGUUUUUUGUCUUAAUAAAAUCACCUUUUAAAAACUG